AUGAGGAAUGCAACGCGUCGCGCCAGCGCCCAACCCUCGAGCACGACCAUUCCGUCCAAUCCGCACCUACUCACGGCCCCCGGCACCAAGCCCAAGCACUCGUUCUCCAGCAGCACGACCAGUUGCUCCAAACAGAAGGGCCGAGAUCGUGGUGGUUUGAGUGUUGGGGGUAAGGUAUACUAUAAUAUGUUGAAGCCUAUAGAUCGGGACGGAAUUAUCGCUUUUUUUGUAUUUUACUAUGGUCAGAAAGUUUGUAGAGGGAAGUUGGGCAUCUAUUUUGAUAUCAAUUUCGGUUUUUCUUUAAAGUUUUUGACCGAAAAACCAACUUUUUUUUCAAAGUUUUCCCCUUUUUUAAGCCCAAAACUCAAUCUCGACCAGUAAAAACCGGUCAAAAACCCAAAGCAAAUGUCCCAUCCCCUAAAAUGACUUGUAGGAAUUGACAAAAUUGUAAAGCCUUUAAUGUGAGGAUCCAUUGCGGGGCCGAUUAGUGGGGCGAGAGGCGGGGCUGGGGGGGGGGAUUAGGGCACCUGAAGGGGGGGGGGUGUCUUUGCUAGCUUUACACACAGAUUGUGUCGAACUGUUUCGUCGCCGGAGGGCAUCAUCGCUUUAUGGUCCCGGUUCCGGACAUUAAAUGUCCAUGAAAAUCCGCCUUCCGCCCCGCCCGAACUGGAUCCGGGGGAUCGUGGAGGGGGAGACGUGCAUGUCUAGUUGUAGUAGGCUUCCCUUAAGCGCCACCACUUCCCGCGUCCCCUCUCCUCUGAAAAAACUCUCACAAUCAAAGUUUGCCUGUCCCGAAUUUGGUUAAAACUCAAUUCACUGUGUCCCUCGUUUGGACGUUCGUUUGCUUGCUUUUCUCGAGUUCUCGAUAGUGCACUACCCUGGGCGAGGUCGGCCCGAUUGAGUCCAUGCUUUAGAUUGGACUAAUAAGCGAAGGUAUGCCUCCCCCUCUGAUUAUCCGGCCGAGCGCCGGCCACCGACGAUUUGUUGUUGGAAAGAAUUAAAAAGUCCCUUAAAGUGUCCCGGUGGCAGUUGUUUGUGUGUGCCAAAGUCAGACAGCGGCCCUCUUCAGCGAGCAUGAUCUCUGCCGGCCCGGGCCCCUCUCCACUCUUCCCUUCCUGCUCCCCUCGCCCAUUUCCGCGGCCCUUGCGCCCCGGCUACAUGACCGGAUAAUAUUCUUUUUUUUGGGACGGCGCUCUCCUCAAACCCGUUUUGCAGGUAGAACGACGCCGGCGUCGUCGUGCGACAACCACCCCGGAACCCUCGUUAUCACCACCACCACCUCCGCCAACCCGCAGCAGCUCGCGUCGCCGGUGAGCCCGCUGGGCGCCACGCUCUCGCCCUCCCUCCUCUCCAUGAACACUGCUGCCUCGAAUGUGACCCAGCAGAUGAUGGCGUCAGGCAUGGUCCCCGGGCCCGCCAGCGUCAACCCCUCCGCCUCCAACAACACCAUCACCGCCUCCGCCUGCUCCGCCGACUCCGCCGCCGCGCAGGCCUCCGGCGAAAGCGAAAGUGCGAACAAUCGAGACGAUACGGCAAAGUAAGUCUAUAAUUUACUUGUUUUAAGUAAGGAUGAGGUUUACUUUAAGUUAUAAAUUAAAAAUCUUUAGGUAGGCUUAACCUAAAGCUAUUUAAAUUUAAAAACUCUUUCAGGCUUGUACUCAACCCACAGCGGAUAAAUUUAAAAAAAUUUAGUCUUAAUAUUUAGAAUUUCUUACGGAGCUUACUUUACCGCGGUUAAAAACUUUUAGGUUUUCAGGUACUAAAUUUCCUGGCAUGACUUUCAGAAAGUGGGUAUCCAUGACUUCCUCUGUCUGUUGAUGACUUAACAACUCUUUAGAGUCUAAAAUCUAGACCUUUUAUCACAGGAUGUGAUAACUGUUCAUUCUCUUAAAAAUUUGUUCAUUUUGUAAGUCAAAAAAGAUUAUUCAAAAAUGGUUUUUGCUACGUAGAACGCUACUAAAAAGGGAUCCAAACAACAUUCCACGAUCCAUUAGUGUCAUUCUUUUUAGAUUUAUACUGAUUUUAAAAAAAAUAAUGUAUUCUUUGACGGAAAACUUUUGCAGGCACCUAAUAAGAUAUGUUUAAUUUACUGUCAUUUUCGUCAUAAAACUAUCAUUUCUUUAAAAUUACCUAGCCUAUCUUUAGAAAAUUACCUAAAAUUGUAAUUGAGCUACGUUCAGUAAUUCUGAAAACAAAUAAUUUAUAAUUUUUUGAUGAUUUAUAGAAGUAUAAUAACGAAAAAAAACAAAUUUUUGAAAAAACCCCGCCAAGUUCAAAAAAGGAAUGUUUUGGAACGAUGAAUAAUAUGUUGCACUUCUCAUUUGAAAAGGAGUCAAAACUAUUAUAAAAAGUUUUAAGAUGAUUGUUUUUUUAAUUUUUUUCCGUUUUUUAUUGUAUUAGGUUGUUCACAUAAUUCUGUGCCUUUUUCAAAGCAAUUUUUGGGGUUUAGGGCACAUAAUUAGUUGAGCAGUCUAAUAGUAAAACAUGUUUUGAAGUAAAUCAUCUAAUAAUAACAAUUAACUCACCACUCCAGCUUUUACUACGCUUUUUAUCAUAGGAUUGUCUUAAAAUAUAGGUCUUCUUGAUAGCACUUUUUGUUAGUAAUUUUAGAUUUUGGUUGCCGUAGGUGGUCUAGUACUUUAUAGAUUUUUAUAAAUAAGUUGGUACCGUCUAGUUCACCGAAAACUGGACUUUUGGUUAGAUUAGCACUAAGUAUAUGACAAUAUUAACAAGGCUUUUAUAAUAUGAGCUCGUGAGGUUAGUCUUCAUCUUUUUAUAUAUAUAGUUAUUGAUAAUUGAAUAAGUUAAUCAACUAGCACUGCUUUACAAUAUAUAUAAUAAUAAUUUUAUACUCAAUUUGUGAUCAUCUGAGGAAUGGCCUUGUAGUAUUCUUAGCCUACUUUUUAGUCUAGAAGACCAUCUUCUUAGUAAUAAGUACAGUUUAGUCUACAAGAUCUUCUUCUUAGCCUAACACUAACACGCAGCGUUCAGUCCAAAAGACCCUCUUCUUAGUCUAAAAGUACCUUUUAGUCUAGAAGAAAUUAUUCUUAGCCUACCAAUUAGCGUUUAGUCUAGAAAUAAAAUAAAUUCGGAAUCUGAAGCCGUCUGAAAUUGUAAGCGAAGGCCAAGUGUCCAGUAAAGUAAUUGUUUGGUCUCAAUUUUCAUUUCACUUAAGACGAGAAGAUGAGCCAUUAGAGGGCGGGAGGGGCCGGGCCCGGUUUAACUCCUAAUCACCUGCGCAAAGUAAAUGAGGCCGGUGGCGGGCCGGCCGGGCCUCAUUGCUUCGCCACCCUUCCUUUCCGUAUUUUUUGCCCGCCAUCUUCAACUAUAGGCUUCUGAGGCGCAGCAGAAGAAGAAGAAAGGGAGUCUUGGCUUUGCACUUAUCCGCCAACUCCUUCAACGUUUACUGCCUUCUCCAAAGAAACAGAAUCUACCUUCCACAUCUUCAUUUGGGGCCCGUCACGAGUCGGGGCAGCAUCUCAUUUCGGACAUCUGUCUUCGUUUUACAAUUUCAAUGUACUUUUAAUUGUGAUCCGUGACAGUUAAUGUCGUUAUCAGGGCUAAUUCCAUUAUUCAUAGGUGAAGCUGGCUCUUGCGAAGGCUACUUUCCGUGUGUUAUUGCUAUAUUAAGGUUGAUUUUGGUGCAGUUUAAAGGUUAUAAUCUAUCGUAAGGUCUCUACAACAACUUUUAUGUAAUACUUUGAUACUACAGUAAGCAGUUUGAUCGCUUUAAGUUGCGUAACCAUCAAUUUAAGUUUAUCAUAACUCAUUGUGAGUGCCAUUUCAACUACUUCUGAGGUCUUAUUGUUAUAACUACUGCCACUAUUCUACUAUUGCACGCCUUAUAAAAAGUCUGAUAUUGUACUAAUUGAUAUCAUACUGAAACCACUACGUUUGGUACUAAAAGUGACAUCUGAUACUACAAUAUAAUUUAUAAUUUCUCUUUGGACUGACCAAACCAGUCCAGGCAGCCAACCAACGUGGCAUCGGAUGAAGACGCCAUUCCGGCGGCUCAGUCUCUGCCGGACCGGACUGCCUCGCUGUCGGAGGCGUCCCGGACUGUGCCCGACUGUUCCCACUUAAUCGAUCGUCCACGCCUCAUACACACGAAACAAAUCCACCACCGCAACGUGCUAUGCCACCGUCGUUCCCUGCCGUUGGCAUCCAGCCAAACCCCCUCGCUAAUCAGCAUAGUCCAGUUGGAGCGGCGACAACCGAUCGCGUUGGUCGCGGCCCAGUCUUCGGCCCAAAUCGCGUACGCACCGCUGUUACAGAGUAAAUGCAUCUGCUGUGGGUUGAGUACGGCCAGUUCGGAGUGUGCAUUGAACGAUCUGGUCGACUUCUCGGCCAGUCGUCACGAACUGCACGCCUUCUGUAUCGGGGGCUUUAAACAGUUUCACUGUAGAUUACAUUGUAGCGAGUGGCAGCCACCGUUCCCUCUGCUCUGUGCCUACCACGACUGUCACUCGUUGGCAGCCGGCUGGGGCUUGGGGCCGCCCACAACGUCUUUGGAAGCGGCGAAGCCCACCGGCGCUUCUCAAGCCCAAUCGCCUUCUGAAGACGACCCUGGAGAUGGCAAGGCCAACGAGUUGUUGGCUAGCUGUCCCGCGUUUAGGUAUGUUGUUCAUGAUGACGUUUCUAUUUUUGAAAUUGGAAAAUAUCCCAAAUAACUCACUGACCCAAACCUUUCAGAAACGAAUUAGGAACCGAGCCAGUCCGUCGGCUAGCCCUGUCUCGGCCCAGUGCUGCUCAAAUCUACCCCAUUAAAAGCGACGACCCCCUCAGGUCGCCACACGAGACGUGGCAAAGAGAGCACACUGCGGCCGAGGCCGGGGUUCUCGAAGAUGUGUCCAAUGUCUACUUGGGCGGUCGAUUGUGCGCGGCCCGACAGCCCAAAGUCGUGAUCGAACCUCAGGACAUUGGCUCCUACUAUUUUCGACAUUGCUUCGCUGGUAGACGUGAGUUUUUUUUUAAUUUUGAGAGUUUGAAUUUUAAUUUAAAAAAUUUUUUUUAAAUUUCAAAAUUUUUUAUAAUUUUAAAUUUUUUUAAUUUGAUAUUUUUUGAAAUUAUAAUUACUACUGAACCAUAUGAAAUGAAUGUUGUUUCAGCUCACGUCGACUACUUUGGGACCGACGAACAACUCGGCCCUAUGGCCAUAUCGAUGGUGAAGGAGACCACGGAGCGCAAAGAGCCAGGCAAAACGGGUAUUGUGUCCAGCACGCUCUACAGACUCAUCAUCCGCAUCAGCGACGUAAGUUUUGAAUCUUGAAAAGACUUCUGAAGUUCAAAAAAGUGUGAAUACUGUAGUUUGGGAUCAAGAUUUUGGGAAAACAAGACAAGAAAAUAGUUGUUGGUUAAGCAAAGGUUAAUAUAAUUUCAUUUUUUGUCUUUUCUACAUACUUUUUGACCAAAAUAUUCAUUUUUUAAUUAUUUUUUCACCAAGCCAUAUACUCCUUAACCUCCAAGACAAACCAAACACCCCAAUAGCUACCGUACCCACCGUGACCCACUGUUUGUGUUUCAGCUAAUGACGAUGCGCGUAGCAGUGCCAGAAGAAGCGUUGGCCGACUCCACUCAAGACAAGUCCACGCGGAGUCUGAUGCGCGAACUUUUGGAGCUGGUUUGUCCUCAGGUGCACUUCGGCAGCUUGCGUCCCGCCUUGGCCACGCAAAAGGUGGAGGAUAUGAUGCUGAAGAUCGACGAACAGCCCAUCUACACGCGCUACAAGGUCGGCGUACUGUAUUGCAAAGCGGGUCAGUCGACCGAAGAACAAAUGUACAAUAAUGGUGAGGUUUGGCAGUUUUUGAACUUGUUUUAGGUUUUUGCCGUAUUUUAGUUGAGUGGGGUGAUUCAAAACGAAAAUCACCCCAACCAACACCACCUAUGUUAUAGUACUGACCGUACUGUUUCAGAAACAUCAUCCCAUGCGUUAGAAGAGUUCCUCGACUUUCUUGGACAACGUGUUCGCUUAAAGGGCUUCGAGAACUACAAGGGAGGCCUGGAUACUCGGGGUGAUACUACGGGAGAGUACAGUAUAUACACUGAGUAUCAUUCACAUGAAGUCAUGUUUCAUGUCAGUACGAUGCUACCCUUCACACCCAAUAAUCGACAACAGGUAAUUGUUUUACGCUAAGGGCUAUGUAUACUAUUAAACGCAUUACUUUGGUCAUUCUUUGUUCUCUAUAAACUUUUUGCCCAUAACAUUACAAAUAUAUGUUUGAAUACUAUAGACUAUUAGCUAUACGUACCAACUUAUAACCCCAAUUCCUAGAGAUUAUAACAAUGUAAUACGUUUUAGCUCUCCCGAAAACGCCAUAUAGGCAAUGACAUGGUAACGAUCAUCUUCCAAGAACCCGGUGCUCUGCCGUUCUCUCCAAUCACGGUACGAUCCCAUUUCCAGCACGUUUUCAUCGUAGUAAGAGCCAAUAACCCCUGUACGGAGAACGUCAGCUAUGGCGUAGCUGUAGCUCGCGCCAAAGAUGUACCAGCCUUUGGUCCUCCCAUCUACAGAGGCGCGACGUAUCAGAAGUGCGCGGAAUUCCACGAUUUUCUAAUGACCAAAAGUAAGUGAUAAAAAAUCAUUGAAAUCAUUUUAAGUUCUUUUUAUCUUAAUUUGGAAAUUACAGUAAUCAAUGCGGAGAAUGCUGUCCAUCGCUCCUCCAAGUUCGCGGCGAUGGCUGCGCGGACGCGUAGAGAAGCGCUCAAAGAUCUUGCCGAGAACUAUGUAACUGCUCACCCAAACGAGGGACCGUCAAGGAUUGCCAGUAAGUCAUUUUACUUGGCUAUGUUUACAUUUAGAUCAAUUUAAAAUAUAUUUUUUUAUAAUUUUACAUCAGCCUACUACAAUAUUGUGAUAGAGCCUAAAAUAAUACAAGAUACAGUGGAACUCCUGUAUAACGAACUCGUCUAUAACGAAACUCCCGCAUAACGAACAACUUUUAAAUCCCCGGCUAACACUACACAGUGCAUUUAAAACUCCUGUAUAACGAAACUCCUUUAUAACGAACAAAUUUCAAGUCCCCGAGCGAUUCGUUAUACAGGAGUUCCACUGUAUUUAUAAAAAUUUAAAAGCUAAAAACUCAAAAACUGUACAACCAGAAACAAUAUUUUUACUUUUCAUUACAGGUCGAUUCCUGGGCGGGUCAGUAAAACGCAAAGAACGUCCCCAACCGAAGCCAGUCCUCGGCCCCAACGUUCGUGGCGCCUUGUCAUGGUUGGUAGACGUACACGACCACUCCUUCAACCAACGAAUCAGUUGUGUGUUAGGACUGUCGGCCGAAUCCCUGGUCCUUCUUGAAAUACCCUCCGGCGCCGUUCUUUUCGCCACCCCCACCCAUGCCAUUUUGGGAUGGGUGAACACUGACGUAGGCCUCAAGAUCUACUACGAUCACGGUGACAUGUUGCUGAUGAGAUGCUGCACGACAGAAGGGAACGACCGUGAAUUGAACGCACUUCUGAAGCGGCUCAGUUCCGUGACGAAUGGAGAAGAAGCCAAGGAGAUCAUGCUACGCAAACCUCGGCCAACAGACUCGUUGGGCUUCCAUCUACAAGAAGAAGGUGUAGUCACGGACGUGGACAUGUAUCAGACCGCGUGGAAAGGUGGUCUAAGACAAGGUUCGAGGAUCGUGGAGAUGGAAGGCAUCGCAGUAGUCACGUUGAGUCACGACCAGAUGACUUCAAUGUUAGAAGAGCGUACCCAACUCAGGUUGAUGAUGAUUGCUCCGACAGCUGAUGGUAACCCUCGCAGAGGUUGCGAAGACCCCAAUUGCCCAGCAGUCAAAGGUCAAGAAGUUCAGAUAUUGACUCCAGACACUUUCGCCAAACAACCGUUAACGUAAGUUACUAUAUUGUAGUAAGCUUGAGAGCUUUGGGGAGCUUUAAGACGAACUUUCCUUGAAAAAUGAAAUACUUAAGUAACCUAAUGCUCUGUUUUAGAUAUCAGGAAAUGUUCAAGAUCAGAAACAAAGAGUUGUCAUCGUCGCCUCACAACAGUCCGUCGAACAGCUUCGAUGAACGGUUUAGCUUCAACACCAAGGUCAGUGUAAGUUAAAUAACCUUAAAACAAUCUUCUUUGGCUACAAAACUCAAUUUGUGUUUCAAAAGACAUCUGUGUUUAUACCUACAUCUCUAUUAACAUCUUUGCAGAAGGAAGGAGUCCAAUCCCCAGCAGAUCCAAACAAAGAAGCCAAGUACGCCAAGAAGAUAUCGACCGUUUCGAUGGCGACGAAGAAUCUCAAAUCGCUGCCAACUCAGAACAGCGAAAGCGACAAAGACGACUGGCUGGCCCAGUUGGACGAGAUCGAAGCCGGCCCCUUCCCGGACGAAGCCGGCAAGUUCCUGUGGCAUCUGGAGCGAGUUAUGAAGGAGAAGAAGGAGCUGGAGCAGCAAACACUUCAACUCAAAGCACAACUCACUACUGUAAGUUUGUUUUACUAUUUUUGAUUUCGUUUUCCAUAAAUAAUAUUGACAUUUUUGGAAAAUGAACGACAUUUUAUGCCUAUUUUUUUGAAAUUAACAUCCAGAGUAGGCUUCAAAGUUUUACAAAACGAAUUAAAAUUAAAGUUGAAGUUUGAAAAACUCAUUUUUGCAAAUUUCAGGAACGUCGCGCGCAUGAAAACACGAAAAAACAAUUGGAAUUGGUGCAGAAAUAUUGCGAGAAACUGUCGAGCCAGCCGGAAGGAGACGAAGUGCUCUAG